AUGGGAGACAACGAAAUCCAACUAAAUAUGGACUUCUCAGAAAGUCACUUCGGAAACAGCCACGAUGGAGCGGUAAUUCCGUCAUCAUCGUCUUCCGAUCCCGGGACGUUAGUAAACUCAGUCGGAACAUACAGUAAUUCACACCACUCUCGAAUUCGACGUAGUUCUGAUGACAGGGAGAAAGAUUUACUUCUUGAGGCAGAACAUGAUAGACAAUCGCAGCCAUUACACUUUGAUGAAGUUUGGUUUUCGAAUCCUCAAGAGGUGCUUGUGGAUCGUCUGGAGAUUUUAGGAGAACACAUCGAAAUGCCAAGUUCUACAGGAACAGUAUCCGUUCCGGGGGAACUUGAGGAGUCGAUGAUUACGUCCUCAAAACGUUCAUCUCCUCACACAAUACAGCUUGAUCAGUCAAAUGGCUUCAAGAAUAACCCCCACCGCUACAAUUAUUCUGAUAGUCGGGAGGGAUAUUUGGCUGCGAGUUCAGGGACGGAAUAUGAUGCGACGAGUGUUCCUUUGUUUUCUACUACUGAAGAUACUGAUGGCUGGGUUAUCGUCAAUUCACGAGAAACAGCGUCACGUCAUUCCCCGCCUACUGGCCGGCAAGAGGCUAACAAGAAUGUAAAAGAUUCCCUCGCAGGUGGAAUGAAGGGUUCCAGAUUGGGCUUGGACGUUUUUCCUAGUACGUAAGAUAACCUAGUUAGCUUAACCUUUUUUCUCAUUAUAAAACUGCAGUCUGAUAUCCAUGAUAUUAAUUCGCAAGGGUUAUACAGAUUUUCGUUUACUGAUUUGUAUUAUUAUCAUCCUUUUUAGGUGCCAUGAAACUCUACGAAGGCCUUUUUAUUAUAUGUCUUUUUAAAAGACGGAUAAUUGCAAGGGAUAAACUUGAGCAUGCUCUAUACAUUAUCCCUGCUCACAAAUAUCAAGAGGUUAGUUAUGUGAAUUAUCUGUAUCUAUUACACGGUGUGUCAUGCCUAUACCUGACUUACUUUUUUUGUAUUGUAGAUAUUCCCCAAAAUUAAAAGGGAUGAAGCACUUGUUUGUCAUGGGACAGAAUUUCCUAUGGGGGAAGAAGACAAACCCAUGCAGCAAUGUAGACUUCAUCGACAAUUAAUAAUUGCUGACAAAUUAUAUGUCAAGUUUGAAAUGGUUGUUGGUCAGGUUUUCUCAGUUGAUGAACCUUGCAGGGUAUGUUAUUAAAUUAACUGAUCAUAGCGUUUGUUCAUUAACGCUAAAAUUCUUAAAAAAUUAAGCAGUUAUUCCGUGUAGGUUUACUUUAAUGGGAGCAAUAAGAAGGUCGCUCUCCUUGCGUAAAACUUUACUCAGCAGAGCUGUUCAAACUGGAACACGAGAAAUCCCACUACAGACUAUUAAAAGUGUGCUAUACAACAACACGACUAAUAGAAAAAUAUGUUUAAGUGUAACCUGAUUUUGAAAAAAAAAAGAAUCCGGUUAUUAAUUUUGAAAACGUGUAUGCGUUUAUAUAUGUUGUUCUAACUUAUGUAUUGUAAGUAGUUUCAUUAUGUUAGUACAGUGUCCCGAUUUGUAGCUCUGAGAUGGCCAGCUAGAGGUUAGACAAAUGAAUAAAAGUCUUGAAUGACUGAUCGUUUUAAACUGAUUAUAAAUAUGUGAUUUAGCAACUGAAGGUUGCCAUAAAUACUGAGUCAGGUAAAUUAUAGGAAAAUUUAUCUUCUUUUAGAGCAGGGAAUUAAAAAAAACAUUAAACAGGAAAUAAUCAUAGUUAUUGGCGAAGUCAGUUACAAUAUUGUAACUCUGUUCUUAUUGUUUCUUGAGAUAAUAAAAGAGACAUGUUUCAACCAGAAAAGUAUUAAGUGGUUAAUCGAUUUGAUACAAAAUGCCAUGGGAAACCGUAUCCCUGGAUGAACAUAUACAAGAGACAAAUAUUCACGCUAUGUGAAAGAGUUGAAAAUGAAGAAAAUGUAAAUGCGGCAAGGUCAAUAAAAAUGGUUUAGAGGCGAGAGCAAAGUCAUGUGGAAGUCAGAGAAGUUUGAUUUGUCAUGAGUGGUUGCCCUGAAAAAGAGCAGUGCUAUAGGUGUUCUCUAAUUGAACCAUACUCAGUAUAAUUUGGACUAAUUGUUAAAAUUGCUUCUUAUUUCUUCUACAUUGCAGAGAACUGUAACUGUUGCUGACAUCAUUUCUCAGAGUAGUGAGCGCAUCACAGCUGGAUUCUCAGUUGAAGUUCUGAUCAAAUGCCUUGGUGGCAGAGACGAGCUUUACGAGGACAGUGUUAGAGUAACGCUCCAAACUGGAAGCACAACUAUAUAUUUAAUGUUUCCUGUUGCUGUAAGCUAUGUUCCUCAGAAUUCCUGCCUUAGUAUCUAUAAUUUGACAGAUUUUGAGCAUAGUAAUUGAGCUACAUUAAGUGAAAAUUGCCAUUAAGUCCGGGUCAAGUUCUCACGUCAAUAGUAUCUCUCACAUUGUGUAGAGUAAGUUUGAUUUCUAGUACCUGCUUGCAUGGUGGGGUGUAAUUCUUAGGUACUGCCCAGGUAACCUUCUUGUGGUACAGUUUAGUUAACAUGUAUUUGGAAAUAUUAUUUUACUAGGUUAUCUAUCUACAUCUUCCAGGUUUAGAAGCAGAUCGUAUUUAGUGUUAAGUUUUUUGUUUCAUUUCCAGUAUUACGAAGCAAGCAAUUCUCCUUGGCCACGUGGUUGUCCAGGUGCAGAUUCGUUAGUUGUUGUUUAGUUUAAUUUUUUUUCGAUUCAUAGUUUAUUGAUGUUUACAGGUGCAAAUUGGUUUUAUUAAUUCAUUAACCAAUAAAGAAGUGGGCAGCAGAGUUCCUACUAUCUAUGACCUAUAUUCUGAAAUAUUGAAAAAUUUAUGUUUUGUAGUUUUUAGAGGUACAUAGGGUGUGUAUUUUCGUUGAUAUUGUGAAAAUCAAGUGUCUUUUACCGUGUCUAUAUUCACAAAUUUCAUAAAAAAAUCAGUUCUACUUGAAUUUGGCCUUCCUUGCAAUGGGAAGUGCUGUUUUGGAAAAAAGCUGUUUAGUAAUAAUGAGAUGGCGAUGCUAACAAAAAUGUCCUUAUUUUCCAGUCACAACUAUGCCAGAUGAGGACAGAGACGCCUUGCGCUCUUGUCGGGUUGAACUUCUGGACAAUAUUGGUGAUCCAAUAUCCCUCUGUGACCACUUGUACCAACACAGAAUUCUUGAUGCUGAUGACAUGGAUGACGUCAUGUCUUUACCCACGAAGAAGGAACGCAAUUCUCAUUUGUUGCGUACCAUUCAGACCAAAGGAAAUGUCCUUGACUUUGUCAUCAAAGUUAUGCAAUCCAAGCGUGAAAAUCAAGGGGCAGCUUCCAUUUUACAGAAAAAGAGACACAGUGGAUCUGAUAUGUGA